UUUAACCACAAUUUCUCAAAACUGAUUUUCUUGCUCCAUCAAAUAUCAAAAUUCACAAUUUCAAUUUAAAUUUGAAGAGAAGAAGCAAUUUUUGCAGCUGACGAUGGAUGACGAUAGAAUAGUGCUCGUUUUGGCCAAGACCUCAGACUUACGCUCCAAGAUUAUCAGCUGCAUUCAGAAUACAGCUUCUAAUGCUGACGGAGAAAUCGGAGAGAGUGAGUCCAAGGUAUCUGCAGAAAAUCAUGUUGAGGAAGAAGCUGAGAGUCUCCUCAAUAUUAAAGAUGCUCUCGAAUCCCUUGAGGCGCAGCUCUCUUCUUUGCAGGCACUUCAGCAGCAACAAUGGUACGAUAGAGAAGCAGCCUUGGCUGAAAUCGAAUACAGUCAGAAGAAGUUGCUGAAAGAGCUGAAGGAAUACAAAGGCAAGGACUUGGAAGUCAUACACGAGGCAGUGUCUUUUGCCAGUGAAACAGAGGACACCAAUGAUCUCCUUCUUCCUCCAUAUCCAAGCCGACCUUCUCCGUCCAUCGCGUCCAAAAAGGGCUACCUCUCUACUUUCACCUCCUCCCGAAGAUCCCCGCAGAACGGGUUUACAAGUGGUGGCGCAAAAAAUCUCCACCACAUCCCCAGCAGUGUUGAAAAAUCGGAGGCCAGGGGGGCAUUUAAGUCAGUCAGAGUUUUGUUAGGUGCAGCAGCUAAGAUGGCCAUGACCGUAGUCGGGGUGAUGACUAUCUUGAGCUUGGCGGGCUUUGAGGCGCGACUGGGGAAACGUGAUAACCAGUUCAGGGUCUUGGGUCUGUUUCAGCAGCGACAGGAUGAGGAGAAGGGGAAUAGCGUGGAGUGCCCACCGGGGAAGGUCCCCAUCGUCGAAAACGGGGAGACGAGGUGCAUUGUGAAAGAGAGAGUUGAAGUUCCAUUUGAACCUGUCGUUUCUGUUCCAGAUGUUAGUUACGGUUGUGGUUGAAUGUGUAACGUUCUUGAUUUUCAGUUAAUUCAUAAAGAAGAGCGGUAAAAGGAAAUGGUAGGAGUGCCUUUACAUUUUCCA